UGCUUUAGGGGGAAAACCGAGUAUGACUCGAGGAAGAUUGUUAGGAAUAGGUCUUGCUUUUGCGCAUGAAGACUAAAAAAUGCGAUUUAAAAUGCCUUUCUUUAAUCACUUGUGACGGUUAGCGAACAAGAUGACCGUGUGUGUUUCACGGUGUUCUCAUCACCUGGGUGUGUUUUUCAGCAUUUACUCCGUGUGUUAUUUUCAGAAGAAAACGACGCAAGAUGAUGAUCUGAAGAUGGCAAAUGAGAGAUGAGAGCGAUGAAGCCCACGAGGAAUGUGAUGCUGGUGCUUUGUCCCAUGCUGGUGCUCGGCUUCCUGUACUAUUCAUCUGUGAGACUGCACCUCCUCAUCUGGGUCCAAAGACCACAGGUGGACCUGGGCAGCUCAUCCUCCGUGGGACGGAUAAUAGCGUCAGGGAUAGUGUAUGACAAGCAGGGAUUCCUCCUUAGGGGUGAAGGAAAACUGCCACUGGAGCUCCAGUAUAAGUAUGGAAAUCUGAGCAAAGGAGAAUGUAAGCCCGGCUAUUCGGAGGCCAAGAUGAGCUCAAUCUAUCCAAAGUUUAUGAAAGCGGCCCCCAUGUUCCUUGAUAUGAAUUUUAAACGGCUGUCAAAGAUUGGCGCCUACCCACCACCGUUUGGGAUAAAAUCACAAGAUAAGAUCAUCGACAUCAUUUUAGCUGAGGCGAGGAACUACGGGCUUGGACCUGAACUGGAAAAUUUGGGCUGUAAAAGGUGUAUCGUCAUUGGCAAUGGAGGGAUCCUUUUCAACAAGUCACUGGGCUCUAAAAUUGAUCAGUACGAUGUAAUCAUAAGGCUGAACGGGGCUCCAGUGGCUGGCUAUGAGAAGGAUGUGGGAUCUAGGACCACCAUGCGCAUCACAUAUCCAGAGGGAGCUAUUCAAGACCUCAAGCAGUAUGAGAAGAACUCUCUAUUCGUCCUUUCUGCCUUCAAACCACACGACCUGAAAUGGCUCAGGCAAAUGGUGUUCAAGGAGAAACUGCGUGGGACAGAUGGAUUCUGGAAGUCAGUGGCGCGUGAAGUGCCCAGGGAAGCAGCAGACAUGAGGAUACUGAACCCGUAUUUUAUUCAAGAGGCAGCGUUUCAGUUCAUCGGUCUGCCACACAACAACGGCCUCAUGGGUCGAGGGAAUAUCCCAACGCUUGGCACAGUGGCAAUCACAAUGGCACUGCACAACUGUGACGAGGUGGCGGUGGCUGGAUUCGGCUAUGACAUGAACAACCCUCAUGCUCCACUGCAUUACUACGAGAAGGUCAAGAUGUCCGCUAUCAAAGACUCAUGGACACACAAUAUAUCAAAAGAAAAGGAGUUUCUUCGGAAGUUGGUGGUGGCCAGUGUAAUUCAGGAUCUGACCAACGGGAUCUGAGUAUCUCUUUCACACGCAUCGCAAAUAUGGAAAUGCCAUUAGCAACUUGCUUCUAAAUAGAACCUGCGUGUGCGGACUUCACGUUUUAGCUCAGCUGAUUUUUGAACGUGGUUACUGGAAGACUCCACCUGUUGCAGUUCUUGAAGAUGCAUUGAAGAGGACACACUAGUGUGAAUGCCACACGAAGGCAUGCUUUUACACUAUAUCAGUCUUAAAAAAUUCCAUUUUUAAGUGCAGACUGAGGGACACUGCUUCGUUUUUUAUUUAUUUUUCUGUUUUUAAUGUAGUUGUCGAUGGCUGCAGGGACAACAAAAACUGCAUCAGCACCACGUCUGUGAAAAUCAGUUACUAAGUGACAACAGAAAGACAGCAUGUAACAGACCAUCAGACAUCUACAUACACAAAAACAUCAAGAUCCCAUACAGUGGGGCAAAAAAGUAUUUAGUCAACCACCAAUUGUACAAGUUCUCCCACUUAAAAAGAUGAGAGAGGCCUGUCAUUUUCAUUAUACUGUAGGUAUACCUUAACUAUGAGAGACAAAAUAAGAAAAGAAAAUCCAGAAAAUCACAUUGUAGGAUUUUUAAAGAAUUUUUUUGCAAAUUAUGGUGGAAAAUAAGUAUUUGGUCAACAAAAUUUUACCUCAAUACUUUGUUAUAUACACUUUGUUGGCAAUGACAGAGGUCAAACAUUUUCUGUAAGUCUUCACAAGGUUUUCACACACUGUUGCUGGUAUUUUGGCCAAUUCCUCCAUGCAGAUCUCCUCUAGAGCAGUGAUGUUUUGGGGCUGUCGCUGGGCAACACGGACUUUCAACUCCCUCCAAAGAUUUUCUAUGGGGUUGAGAUCUGGAGACUGGCUAGGCCACUCCAGGACCUUAAAUGCUUCUUACAAAGCCACUCCUUUAUUGUCCGGGCGGUGUGUUUGGGAUCAUUGUCAUGCUGAAAGACCCAGCCACAUUUCAUCAUCAAUGCCCUUGCUAAUGGAACAAGGUUUUCACUCAAAAUCUCAUGCUACAUGGCCAUAUUCAUUCUUUCGUUUACACGGAUCAGUCGUCCUGUCCCUUUGCAGAAAAACAGUCCCAAAGAUGUUUCCACCCCCAUGCUUCACAGUAGGUAAGGUGUUCUUUGAAUGCAACUCAGCAUUCUUUUUCCUCCAAACACAAGUUGAGUUUUUACCAAAAAGGUUUCUUUUGGUUUUAUCUGACCAUAUGAUAUUCUCCCAAUCCUCUUCUGGAUCAUCCAAAUGCUCUCUAGUAAACUUCAGACGGGCCUGGACAUCCACUUGCUUAAACAGGGGUCACGUCUGGCACUGCAGGAUUUAAGUCCCUGGUGGCGCAGUGUGUUACUGAUAGUAGCCUUCACUACUUUGGUCCCAGCUCUCUGCAGGUUAUUUACUAAGUCCCCCUGUGUGGUUCUGGGAUUUUUGCUUACAGUUCUUGUGAUCAUUUUGAACCCACGGGGUGAGAUCUUGCGUGGAGCCCCAGAUCGAGGGAGAUUAUCAGCGGUCUUGUAUGUCUUCCAUUUUCUAAUAAUUGCUCCCACAGUUGAUUUCUUCACACCAAGCUGCUUACCUAUUGCAGAUUCAGUCUUCCCAGCCUGGUGCAGGUCUACAAUUUUGUUUCUGGUGUCCUUUGACAGCUCUUCAAUCUUGGCCAUAGUGGAGUUUGGAGUGUGACAGUUUGAGGUUGUCGACAGGUGUCUUUUAUACUGAUAACAGAUGCCAUUAAUACAGGUAACGAGUGGAGCACAGAGGAGCUUCUUAAAGAAGUUACUGGUCUGUGAGAGCUGAAAAUCUUGCUUGUUUGUAGGUGACCAAAUACUUGUUUUACCAAGAAAUUUACCAAUGAAUUCAUUAAAGAUCCUACAGUGUGAUUUUCUGGAUUGUUUUUUUUUCCUUAUUUUGUUUUUCAUAGUUGAGGUAUACCUAUGAUGAAAAUUACAGGCCUUUAUCAUCUUUUUAAGUGGGACAACUUGCACAGUUGGUGGCUGACUAAAUACUUUUUGCCCCACUGUAUGCUAUAUUGUUUUAUUGUUUUUUUUCCUUUUUAAACAUUUAUAUUAAAAAAGAAAUAGCCAUAAUUUAUUUACAUUUUCCAACCUUCUAUAAAUUUUAAAUUUACCAUAAUUGGUUGGUUGCAUCACAUGUGAAAUAAUAAGAAAAAGAACAUCUCCAUGUAAAACUAGUAAAAUAAUAUAACCUGCAGGUUUAAAUCUGUUAAAAUGGUUUAAAAUAUACAAAAGCUAUUGUACAAUUAUUGCCUUGAUCACAAGGCCAGGUUUAGAAUUAGCAAAUACAUUAUACAGAUGGAAGGUUUGGCUCUAAGCAGCUCUGAAUGGGCUGAUAUAGUUAAAUGUCUCAUAUUAUUCUCCUUUUUCCCCUUUCUCCUGUUAUCAUCUGCCCCCGAGAUCAAAAAUUCCCUUGCUAAUGUUACAGCUGAAAUAAUACUUAGUGAUGAAAAAUACAGUCAGAAUGCUGAACAUGGGAAAACCAUUGAAGAAUCAAUAAAGGUUUUCGGUAGCGAUCAGUGUAGUCUCUUGGGAUGCAAGGCGGUUAAUUCACCAUGACAUCCUUAGUGUUAAUCUGUUUGUGAUAUAAAAGGUAAACACGAGUGACAGAGAGUUAAAUCCCCCAGCUUAUUUGUUUAAGAGCUAAAAAACGGUUAGGUUAGCAAACUGGUUAGCUGAAGGUUGCAGUGCUAUCUGUAUGCUUCUUGCAAAUGAAAUGCUAGUAUUGUAGUCUUGUGACACGGCUCACCAAUUUUACACUGCAAAGGAGAUAAAUUUUUGCCAUAUGCCACAAAAGUUUACUGUCCUUUUAGAAUGUGCAAGUGAUUCAAUAGUGGAAUAAGGUCAUUAAAUAAUCUAAAUAGAACUGAACAAAGUUUAAAAAGUUUGCUCUUACAAACCUCACAUUGUGUUAAGUUAGACUGGGAUUGAUGUGAAGAGAAACAAACAGCAGCAUCAGAAGCAGCAUAUCCAGUUCAUACUUAUCCGUCCCUGCAGCCUUUUAACCUGAAAGAUGUACAGUAUGUACACCAGAGAGAGUGAGCGUGUGUGCACGCUUGUAAGUGUGUGGUGUGUGUGUACGUUUUUUUUUUUUGUUUGUUUAGUUUUAAAAUAUCUAUAUUUAUAUAUACAUUUUUAAGUUCAUGCUUACUUUCACCCAAGUUAUAGCUUUAUUGUUGUUCACCUCACACUCGGCUGCUUUCUCUGCAGUCUUUAGUGUUCCAGCACGGAUGCUGCUACAGCACACAGGACUGUUUUUCCUCAUUAUGUCCUGCUAUAUGUCGAUUAGCAGGACCACAGUGGAUUGUGUUACAGUGUUAAAUCACCGCUUUUUUUUUUACUUAGCUGUGAUUCAGUCUUGUGCAGUACAUGACAAAUCAUUAUAAUUAAACUAUACAGAAUUUUUUA